AGAGUACAACGGGAGAGUUCCUAUUAAGGACGAGAGGCAAGCUUCAGUUUGGUUGCUCUGCGUACCGUACAAUCGUACUAGGGGGAUUUGCACACCCGUAAUGGAAACAGAGUCUCAUCAAGUAGUGUUCGGAAAAUCGAUAAUAGUACCAAGUGUUAGGGAGCUGGUCAAAGAACCCAUCACCAAAGUUCCUCCUCGGUAUGUGCACAAUCAGCAGGACCCUCAGACGGCCGCCGCCGCCGCCGCCGACAUCUGGCUUCAACCGGUUCCGGUCAUCGAUCUCCAUUGCUUGCUUCAUGGGGACUCCAUGGAUUCCGAGUUAGAGCGGCUCCACUCAGCUUGUAAGGACUGGGGUUUUUUCCAGGUUGUGAACCAUGGAGUGAGUAGUUCAUUGUUGGAGGAAUUCAAAGGGGAGGUUCAAGAUUUCUUUGAACUUCCACUCGAAGAAAAGAAGAAGCUUUGGCAGCAGCCAGAUAACCAUGAGGGAUUUGGGCAACUCUUUGUGGUAUCAGAAGAGCAGAGGCUUGAUUGGUCAGACAUGUUCUAUCUGACUACCCUCCCAUUCAAUCUAAGGAAGAGUGACAUAUUUCAAAAGCUCCCACAAAAGCUCAGAGAGACUUUGGAAGCUUACUCUGUAGAAAUGAAAAAGUUAGCGAUGACUAUCUUAAGUCAAAUGACUAAAGCUUUAAAGAUGGAGGCUGAGGAGAUAAGAGACAUGUUCAGUGAUGGGGUUCAAUCAAUGAGAAUGAACUACUAUCCUCCAUGCCCUGAACCAGAUAUGACCAUUGGGUUCGCUCCUCACUCCGAUGCUGAUGCUCUAACUAUUCUCUUUCAGCUCAAUGACACUGAGGGCCUCCAAAUUCGGAAAGAAGGGAGAUGGGUUCCUGUUAAACCCCUUCCAAAUGCAUUUGUUGUCAACAUUGGAGACAUUAUGGAGAUUGUGAGUAAUGGCAUUUACCAGAGCAUUGAGCAUAGGGCAAUGGUGAACUCAGCGAAGGAGAGGCUCUCUGUUGCAACGUUUUUUAGUUCCAACCUCGACUCAGAAUUAGGUCCUGCACCUAGCCUCAUUAGCCCACAAAACCCAGCAAUUUUUCAGCGGGUCCCUAUAGAGAAAUAUUUCAAGGACUUCUUUGCUCGGAGACUAGAUGGCAAGUCGUACCUCAAGUUCAUGAAAAUAGAUGAAGAUGGAGGCCAUACAAGUUGAGUUAACAUGCAAGUAUGGAUGCAAUGCGCUGCCAUUCACUGCCUGAACUAUAUCCCUUACAAAGGUAAAUUGAAAUGACAAUCAGAUAGUAGUAUUACGGUUAGGAACACACAUACAAGAACCAAUAUGGAGAGCUCCACAAGGGUGCAAACCAUAUUCCAUGCCAAAGCAAGAAUUGGCACUGGUGGCCUAACAACAUUCCGAAGGAGCAAUUGGAGGAUUGUAUUUGAACAAUUUCAAUCACCUAUUUGGACUAAUAGGAAGAAUAUGCUCUUCUUGUUAAUUUAAUUUGAGCUCUGGAUAUUAAUAAGGGCUUCGUGAAAA